AAUAUGUUAAACAGCCAGCUUCCUAUUGGAUAGAACCAACCAAUCACACAGUUCACAAUCCGCCCGACUUCCGACUCUGAUGUUAUAUAACUGCAUAAACUUUUCUGCAGCUUUCUACUUCACUCCCUCACAGCUGACUGCUGGUGCACAGUUUCUCUGAAUUUAAAUUCCAAAACUCAACAACCAUGUCUGAAAGGGUUAUUCUGCACUACUUCAAUGGAAGAGGGAAAAUGGAGUCAAUCCGCUGGCUUUUGACAGUUGCAGAGGUGGAAUUUGAUGAGAUGUAUCUGACCGGUCGAGAGCAGUACGAGAAACUCCUGAAUGAUGGAUCGCUCAUGUUUCAACAGGUCCCCAUGGUGGAGAUCGAUGGCAUGAAGCUUGUCCAAACAAAAGCAAUCUUUCAGUACAUUGCGGAGAAGUACAAUCUCCAUGGGAAAGAUGCCAAAGAGCGUGCCAUGAUCAACAUGUACUGCGAGGGACUGAUGGAUCUCAUGGAGAUGAUGAUGAUUCUGCCCUUCUGUGCGGACCCUAAACCACAACUGGACAAAGUUAAGGCCAAAGCGAUCGAGCGCUACCUCCCUGUGUUUGAAAAGGCCGUGACUGGACCCGUGUACCUGGUGGGAGGCAGAGUGACCUGUGCAGAUGUGCUGCUGGUCGAAUGCACCCUGAUGUUGGAGGAAAGAUUUUGUGAUAUUCUUCGUGAUUUUGACAGCCUCAAGUCUCAUCAGGGCAGGAUGAUCAGUAUUCCAGCCAUUCAAAGGUUUCUGCAGCCAGGCAGCAAGAGGAGGCCAAUACCAGAUGAAAGCUACACAAAGACUGUCAAAGAAGUGUUCCAGAUGAAUAUUCAGUUUUAAUAAACUCUGUAAAAGGUCUGGUACUUUUCUCACAUGGGCAACGUAAUUCAUAAUCAGUCAGCAUGCAAAUGUAGCACCUACAACAUGUGAAUCAAUUAUAUGUAGUGGUCAAUGCUGAGACGAAUACUGUGGAAUUUCUGUAAUCAUUUAUUAACAUUAAAUGUUUGUUCCAAUGUGAAGAUUUGAACUAAAUAAAUUUCUAAUUUUAGGAAUA